CUGGCCACUGACGAGCGUUCCAACAAGCCAAAUGGCACGGUAGCGUGCCAUUGGAACGACGUGAAUGGUGAAUCGCGCUCGUAUUUUGGUGGAGCGACGAGGCUCGAUGGAAUUCCAACCGGUUGAAAAUCCAUCGCGCCACGCCAAACCUACGUCACUCCAACUCCUCGUGAAUGGGGAAUCCGAUGGCAUGCUGGAACGACGGAACGACGGGAAUUCUUGGUUGAAUAGGGAAUUUUUUGUUGAUUAGGGAAUUUUUAGUUUGUUGAGGGUAAUUUUGACGAAAUGUGGGUAAUUUUUUGCUCUGGCGGGGGUAAUUGGGAAAUGUUGGACUAGCAACACUGCAGACCGUUGACUUGGAAGGUUAGAUUGCUGUUUGCUCUUGUUUUGAUUGUUGUUUUGUUCUUGUGUUGUUAUGUUGUCAUGAGUUCGAACCGGGAUUUUGUAAUCUCUGUGAUCGAGAUGUACAGGGAUCAUACCUGUUUGUGGAAAAUAACAGACCCUGGCUACCAUGACAAGGUAAAAAGGAACGCUGCUCUGGAGAUGAUCCUUGAAUUUUUUAAAACUGUUGAUCCCACAGCUACAAAAGAUGUAGUUACUAAGAAGCUCAACUCGAUGAGAGGCUCAUUUCGGAAGGAAAUGAAUAAGGUUCGAGCAUCUCAGAGGUCGGGUACUGGAGCUGAUGACGUUCACAUACCAAAACUGUGGUACUUCGACAGAUUACAAUUCCUGGAGGACCAAGAAUUUCCAAGGCCAUCCACAACCAUUGCAUCUGUACUAGAUGACAUGCCUUUUGAAUAUGACGAGACUGAUGUUGAUGAUCCAGCAGAAACCCAAUCUCAGACCUCAUCAUCAUCUUCACGGCCACAAACACCUGUAAGCAAUAAUUUUAAAAGACCACGUACAAAAGCUGAUCAAGUUCUCGACAAAAUUUCAAAACGUAUGGACCAACCACCAGAGAAACGCCUUCCGAAAGAAAAAUUUUCAUCGUUCGGAGAACAUGUUGCGGAAAAACUGCGCUACAUGCCUCCCGAAAUGGUACCAAUUUGCCAAAAACUCAUCUCUGACUGCAUAUUUCAGGGAGAUAUGAAAAACCUAAACAUAACAUCACGUAUUGUUACCGACUACGUCAACGUCAUGUCCCAACCCUCUACGUCACAGCCUAUUUCUUCUGAUCCAUCACUCAGAGGUGAAACCACCCAACUCCUACACAAUGCAUUUUAUGAUGCUAUGAACUCCGUCAAUGAUAAUGACUGAAUGUAUGA